UCAGCCGUUGCUGCUCAGCCGUUGGUGCUGCGCUGUCGCUCCGCUCAUCACUGAGUCACUGAACGACACGCAGCUGACACACACACACAGAACCCGACUAUGUGACCCAGGAACUCUUAAACAUUUAUCAACCUCCACUCUACCCUCUUUUCUUCUUUGUACCGGGACUUUUAUUAAGGAUGGUUUAAAAAAAAAAAAAGAUGGCCAAGCGACCCGGGAGUAAGGAGGGGACGCUGUCUUCUUCUUCUUCGCCGACCAUUCUUCGGAAUUUGAACCCCGGAGAGGUGAGCGUGGAAAUCGGCGGCGGCGGCGGCGGCUCCGAGGACUUGUCCCUGGAGGAGAUCCUGACUCUGUACAGCCAGCCGAUAAACGAGGAGCAGGCAUGGGCGGUGUGCUACCAGUGCUGUCGGACUUUAGCGCAGAAACACAGGCGGAGAGGCUCGUCCAAGGCGGCGGGCGCCUCUGCGGCGGACUACCCGAAGAGGAUCGAGGGACCCGGGAACGUGAGGAUCGGGAGAGACGGGGCUGUCAGGCUGCACUUUGAGGACGGCGCAGAUAAAUACCAGUCGGCCUGCACGUCAUUAGAGGUUAUUGACUCCCUGGGUGUCAUGAUUUACAAAGCUCUGGAUUAUGGCCUCAAAGAGAACGAAGAGCGAGAGCUCAGCCCCCCAUUAGAGCGACUUAUCGAUAUGAUGACAAACACGCAGGAAACGGAGUGCGACCCUUGUCCUGACGAGGGCUACGAGGCCACGGAGGAAGAGGACGAGUGUGAGGAGGAUGACGGGGACGAAGAGCUCAUCUCAGUUACCUCUGGCAGCACAGUGAGCAGCAUCCAGAGUUAUAAAGACAUCAUCUUGAUCUGUUCAUCCCACCUGCCCAGCCCAUCCGAUGCUCCGAACCAUUACCAGGCAGUGUGCCGGGCUCUCUAUGCCGAGACCAGGGAGCUACGCAGUUUUCUGGAGAAGAUUAAAAAUGCCAAGGAGAACCUUCGGAAGAUGGAGGGCGGGACUCAUGAGGAGCCCGAGAAAGACCUCGAUGAUCUGCAAAACGCUGACUGGGCCCGCUUCUGGGUGCAGGUGAUGCGGGAUCUACGGCACGGUGUGAAGUUAAAGAAGGUCCAGGAGCGGCAGUACAACCCGCUGCCCAUAGAAUACCAGCUCACGCCCUAUGAAAUGCUGAUGGACGACAUCCGCUCCAAACGCUACAAGCUGAGAAAAGUCAUGGUGAAUGGAGACAUCCCCCCACGAUUAAAGAAGAGCGCACAUGAGAUCAUUCUUGAAUUCAUCAGAUCACGGCCUCCUCUUAACCCCGCGUCAGCACGUAAGCUCAAGCCCCAUCCUCCACGUCCUCGGAGCCUCCACGAGCGACUGCUGGAGGACAUCAAAGCUGAGAGGAAGCUCCGGCCGGUUUCACCCGAUAUGAUUCGCAGGAACCGCCUAGGUGCAGGGAAAAGCAUCAGCACGCCUCAGGACUUGUGCCGCAGUUCAGACACUCCCGAUGGAAAGAGGAAGUUGGCCGGCAGCACCCACUCUCUGGCCGGUGGGGUCGCAGGAACCCCUCAAAGGGCGCUGGCGCUGAGCCAGAGGAAGAGGCUGCUCAAAGCGCCGACACUGGCUGAACUGGACAGCUCCGAAUCAGAUGAGGAGCCCACAAAGAGCAGCUCCAGCGUGUCCACGCCUUCUCCUGAGGCCGUUGUGGAGAAGAAAGCGCCUCCGAGACGUCGGCCUGUCUCCGCCACCCCUCAUCCAGACAAGCCCCAAUCUCUUCAGAGGCGACACGUCGUUGAGAAGGAGGCGCCCGCUUUUGUUCGGGCCUUCGCGCCACCAUCCAGACAGAGCUCCAAGUCGCUGGUGGAAGCAGCCGGCGGCGCUCAGGUCACGGAGGAGUUCUGUUAUCCUGUGGAGUGUCUGACUCUGACAGUGGAGGAGGUGAUGCAUAUCAGACAGGUCCUGGUCAAGGCAGAGAUGGAGAAGUUUCAGCAGUACAAGGACGUCUACACCGCUCUGAAGAAAGGAAAGCUUUGCUUUGCGUGUCGAACCAAAAAGUUCUCCCUUUUCACCUGGGCCUACACCUGCCAGUUCUGCAAAAGGCCGGUGUGUGCGCAGUGUUCAAAAAAGAUUCGGCUACCGUCGAAGCCCUAUUCCAUUCUGCCCAUCUACUCUCUGGGUCCCAGUGCAGCUCCGGACCCACCGGAGCCGGAGAAACCCGCGUUCGGAUACGGCCGACACAGUCUACGCCGAAGGUUGUCCAAGCACAGCAGCAGCAAAGACGGGCAGUCGCAUGACGACCUGCAGCUGCCCAAAGAGCUGACGGAGGACUGGGCCACCAUGGAGGUCUGCGUGGAGUGUAAAAAGUUCAUCACGGAGAUCAUCUCCUCCAGCAGACGCAGCUUGUCGGUGGCGUCGAAAAGGGCCCGGCUGAACCGCAAAACCCAUUCUUUCUACAUGGCGUCGUCCAAGUCGAUCAACUUCCCGUCUGCAGAGCGCCCCAUCAGUGAAGUGUAGGACGGACCCAGUGCACUUUAAAUAUAUCACAGCUUUUGGACAUUUAUUCAAAUGAAAUAAAUAAAAAAAAAAAAAUCCAAAUUUGACACGGACCACUACCGAGUGUAGGAGUUUCUGUGCGAAUCUGGACGUAGUAGCCCUCUCAGGAAAAGUUGCACUCAUUAAAUUAGCUGUAAAGCUGAUUAAUAUGUGUGAAGAAAAAAAAAAGUCCCACUCUGGGUAUGUUUCUCUUCCAAAAAGCCCUAGGAGAGCCUCAUUAGAGUCCAUGGCUCGAACUUUGGAUGAAAUGACGCAGAAAGCCAAAAGUUCUAGUAAAAUCAUGUAAAUAUUGCAGAGGCCCAAUCAACAUCUAAGGUCGAUAAGCUCUCCCAGUUGCCGUUUACUUCUUGCACUCAGGAAGAUUAGCCGACAGAAAUGCACUGUACAGUCUCUCGUCAGAUCUGCUGGGGCAGAUCUCCACCUCCCUCUAAACCUUCCAGCAGCAUUUUAUUAUUACUAUUAUUUUUUUAGCCAAACGUUUCAGCUUCUCAGCCAGAUAAAAUUAGUUUUUGCUGUUAUCUCACUUUACUGGGGGGGACUCAGAUGGACUGUAUUUUUCAGGGUGUUUUUUUUUUUGUUUUGUUAUUUAAGCUAAAUGUAUAUUCAUUUCUGUGCAAUGUGCCAAAAUGUAAUUUCUCUGAAUGCCUUUGUAGCUACAGACAUAUUGUAUAUAUGUGUCAUAAACUAAAUGAGGGUAGCUUUGGUUUCUCACCGCUCUGUGCUCCAAAGUGGGAAGCAGACACAUAAGCGAAGGGUUUUAGGAAUGCGUAACGGCUGUGUAAUCCUAUCGUUCUGAAAUCAAAUUGAAUACAACCAUAUGAGGUUACGUUAUAAUUUUACCAUAUUUAAGAUUUCUCCCUCUAAAGUUACUUUAUAUAAAACUUUGGGUUUUUGUUAUAUUUUAUAUAUUUUGUUGUGUAACGGAGUUUCUCUUAUGUAGAGUUUAUAAGAUCCUCUGUGAACAUCCCCGCCAAGAUUUUAUUUAACAGUUUAUUUGUGUCAAAAUAUAGUUUAUAUUUGGUUUUUAUCUCAAAUAAUAAUAAUUUUAAAUAAAUCUGCCAUCUUAAGAAGGUCCUUCAUGAUUAGAAUAAAUGCUCGAAUAGCUGUCCUUAGAGCAAAGCCACACAGAACUGAAUGUAUACGUUUGAAGAUUUUGCUUUAAGAACAUGUUUCCCUUUCAGAUGCUUCUCCUAUCAGUUCUUUACGCACAUAUCACCAAAUGGAUACAAAUCUUAACCAGCCUGUUGAACAAAUGAUGAUGCCAUGUUAAAAAAAACAACAACAACAACAAAACAAAGCAAUCAAUAAGUCCAGUUUUAUUUUGGAGUUCUGUAAGGAAUGUGUGCAUGCCGUACUGGGAACUGUCUGUUUUUAUCAGAGAAAUUAUAAUAAAGUCAUCAUAAUUCUUAAAUAUGA